UAGAACCUUGGCAUGGCAUUUAAAAAAAUGACUACACAAAAAAAAAAACGGAGUUAAAUUUUUGGUCCUUUUUAGCAUGGCUGACCCUGAAAUCCCUGUUCCUCAGGCUCGUGGAAUUGAUGUUCAACAAGUUUCACUUGUCAUCAACUAUGACUUGCCAACAAAUAGAGAGAACUAUAUCCAUAGGAUUGGCCGUGGAGGUCGGUUUGGCAGAAAAGGUGUAGCCAUCAACUUUGUUACUGAAGAAGACAAAAGGAUUCUUCGAGACAUUGAGACGUUCUACAAUACAACCGUUGAGGAGAUGCCCAUGAAUGUUGCUGACCUGAUUUAAACUUUGGAGAUUUUAAUGCAGGGAUAGCUGUCGAAUGAUCACUUCCAUUUGCGCUUAUUUUAUUGGAAGAGAAAAAAAAACUACUCCAUGCUGGCUGCGGAUCCGACUUACGAAUUCGAAACGUGACGUUGACUCUCUGUGUGGACUGUUGUAGACUCCAACCAUAUCAGUAUUUACUGGCGGGGGUGUUUACAAAACAUGGGUUCUUUUCAUGUAUCCUUUUUCAGGUAUUUAUUCCCUGGUAUGUUCAAAAUGUACGUGUUAGGUGUUCUUUAUCGUUUAGUAAUUUACUUGUGGACUAAAAGAUACAAGUGCUGCAUUAAGUCUGCCAAUUAUGUUAUGCUAACAUAUGUGUGCAGUUUAACUUGGUUCACUUCACCUAUUUAGUAAUAUAAAGGCACUUAAGUUUUGUGGAAUGUAUUUCUUUAAAUGUAUUGUUUUAUCAAGUACUACUUUUUGUGAAGUCCUCUUCAAAGGUGGGUCUUAACACCUUAGCUCAAUGUUCCAUGUAGUGUUUGGCCCACUUGGCAA